CGCGCUUUACUAUAGAUCCAAACUGUUCUUCAUUCCGCCAGCGCAAGGGGAAAGAAGAAUUCCACCCUGGGUUUGAAGAGAUCCCACCAUUUUUACGGCUUUUCUGCGGGUUUGAAGUUUUCCACUGAGCUUUCCAGACCCAACAAAGGGCUCUAUGAGUGGGAAAACGUCCAAACCUAAGGAAGAUGCAAACAAAGAGCCCCAACUGAAGGGCAUCGUCACCAGGCUGUCCAGCCGGCAGGGCUUCCACCUGCGGCUGCAGGCAGAUGGCACCAUCGAUGGCACCAAGGACGAGGACAACAGCUUUGCCGUGUUCAACCUGAUUCCGGUGGGACUUCGUGUGGUGGCCAUCCAGGGGGUCCAGACCAAACUCUACCUGGCCAUGAACAACGAGGGCUUCCUCUACACCUCUGAGCACUUCACACCAGAGUGUAAGUUUAAGGAGUCUGUGUUUGAGAACUACUACGUGACUUACUCCUCCAUGCAGUACAGACAGCAGCAGAGUGGGCGGGCCUGGUACCUGGGCCUCAACAAGGAGGGCGUGGUCAUGAAGGGAAACCACGUCAAAAAGAACAAGGCCGCCGCCCACUUCAUCCCAAAACCACUCAAAGUGGCCAUGUACCGGGAGCCGUCCCUCCAUGACCUGACAGAGUUCUCCCGCUCCGGUAGCGGGACGCCCACCAAGAGCCGCAGCGCGUCCGCCAUGCUCAACGGAGGAGGCAAGACUCCAGACCACGAGUCCACAUAA